AUGUCGUUAGUUAACGUUACUAACAUCACCGUGGGAAACAACGUAUGCCCAGUAACUGCUCCACUGGUGUUCCAGAUCGAGUUUGAAUGCCUUGAAGAUUUGAAACAUGAUAUCGAAUGGAAGAUUGUAUACGUCACAUCAGAUGGACAGGGGUAUCUCGAUGGAAGUCAAGAUUCACCAAAUUCAACAUACUCAGGUGAAGGUGAAAUUGUAUUAGAUGCCGUAUGCUUGGGACCCAUCUACAAAGGGGUACUAGAGUUCGAGUUCAGAGUACCAGCACCAGACUUUACAAGGCUCAACCCAGAAGGUAUACUAGGAAUGCAAGCUGUACUGGUCACUGGAAACUACUGUGAGCAGGAAUUCAUACGCAUCGGAUACUACACCAACAACUGUUACGAUGAUCCAGCAUUAAGGGAGUCACCACCAGACACACCGAUGGUCGAAGAAAUGGUACGAUGCAUAAUAGACCAACCAAGGGUAACGAGGUUCCCAAUCAAAUGGGACUCAGAUUUGACUGUCAAUAAGGAAACUGAAACCAUUAGUACGGUCAUUGACGAUAAAGAAGACGAGGAAGAAAAGGAAGAUGGAGAAAUAGAAGAAGAGGUGGAGGAGGAAGAGAAGAAAACUCAGGAGGAUGAAGAAAAGAACAGUGACGUUGAUGAUAGAAAGGAUGUGGGAGUCAGGUUAGAGUCACGGAAUGAAUCUGGAGUUCCAGCUGUCGGACCUUAUAGAGACUAUUCUUUCGAAAAUAUUCUCGAGUGCGUCGACUACGAUUACGAUUCACCAACACCAGCGCUGUCAGACGUUAUAGAACCUGUUGAACGCAGGUCAAUGAAACGCAACUUACAAGAAUUAGAAAAAAGCGAAUCGUCUGAUGACAAAAAGGUUCAGAGGACACCCGGGAUUGCUACCUUAUCAACGAUCACGUCAAUAUCCGAUGUUUGA